CAAAAAGCAGCCAUGACACCUGUGAACGAAAAACUAAAAAACUUUAUCAGCGAGCCAAUACGCGACAAACCCGUGACCAAACUGCCAGGAAUCGGGGUGACACUGGGCUCCAAGCUGGCAGAUGCGGGUUUUGGAAGCGCUAGCAGCGUCCUGGGGCAGUUCCUGCUCUUCAAGAUGGACAGGGAGUACUUCUGCGAUUGGAUGCACGAAAUUUGCCAGGCGAAUAACUAUCAAGCCGAGGAGUGCUGGAACUGCCUUAUCAUUUGGUGUUAUACGUACCUAUAA